GAGACAACAUUGCUAAGAUUUUCUAUUUCACACCAUGUAGGCAAACGCACAGAAGCAUUAUGCUGAUGUGUAUUUGCCUGUGCACAGAAUGACCGAUUUUACUGACAUGCAGUUAAAAAUGACAUGAAUGUAAACGAAUGGCCUCAAAUUGAAUAUGUCAACUUGUUGGAAUCUCCUUUUGGUCGUUAUCUUCUUUGGAGCAGGUAUCGGAGUCUCCACUGAGCGCAGAGGUGCAGGAGCCAUGCACUCUCCAGACGACGUACAUCUCCACUCCGGGGGUACGUGCAAUUUCACUAAUAGUAACGGGACGGUUGAUUUAAAUCUUACGUGUCCGCAGGAUUUGGAGGUUCCCGUGAACUCUAGCACCACGCGUAACGACAGCGAUCCGUUUGGAAGGAACGAGGAGGUCGCCAAAAUCGAGAUCACUGUCCUGAGCAUAACGUUCCUUGUGGCGGUGGUGGGGAACGUGAGUGUACUGCUGGCUAUGUACAACUCCAGACGGAAGCCGUCUCGCAUGCACCUGUUCAUGAAGCACCUGAGUCUGGCCGACCUGGUGGUUGCGUUUUUCCAGGUGUUGCCGCAGCUCUGCUGGGAGAUCACCUUUCGUUUCUACGGGCCAGAUUUCAUGUGUCGCAUCGUGAAGCACCUGCAGGUUCUGGGGAUGUUUGCAUCCACGUACAUGAUGGUGAUGAUGACACUGGACCGCUAUAUCGCCAUUUGCCACCCGCUGCAGACGCUCCACCAGCCCACGCAGCGUGCUUAUAUCAUGAUCGCCUCCACCUGGGUGUGCAGCCUGGUUCUCAGUGUGCCUCAGUACUUCAUUUUCUCCCUGAGUGAGGUCAUUCCUGGCUCGCAAGUCUACGACUGCUGGGGGCACUUCAUUGAACCGUGGGGCUUGCGCGCGUACAUCACAUGGAUCACCGUGGGAAUCUUCCUAGUGCCCGUGGCAGUUCUCGUGCUGUGCUACGGCUUUAUUUGUCACACAAUUUGGCAGAACAUCAAAUACAAGACCCGCAAGAGCACGACCACGAGCACGCUAGCCGAGGCAACAAAAAAGGGCUUAAUUGGGAAGAGUUCGGUCAGCAGCGUCACCACCAUCUCCAGAGCCAAAUUACGCACUGUAAAAAUGACUUUGGUGAUCGUCCUAGCUUAUGUGGUAUGCUGGGCUCCGUUCUUCAUUGUGCAGAUGUGGUCGGUAUGGGAUGAGAACUUCUCAUGGGACGAUUCGGAGAACACGGCUGUCACACUCUCGGCGCUACUGGCCUGUCUGAACAGCUGCUGUAACCCAUGGAUUUACAUGGUAUUCAGCGGCCACUUACUGUCAGACUUUGCGCAUUGCCUGCCGUGCUGCCUCAGGCUGCGCCACAAGUUUGGCCAUCAGGAUUCGGACAGCAGUAUCCGCAGAACUACGCUCCUAACCCGCGUACCUCCGCCGCGUACCACGGAGCCCUGGAGAGACUGCAACCAGGCUCCUAGAAACUGUCAGUCAAUUCCGUUGCAGUCUUGACCGUACGUGCGCUCACCGUAAACAGUGUCCAUAUGGUUCCGUUUACGCUCCAUACCACAGCGACAGCUAUCGAGAGUUUUUUUGGAGAGUCGUAAUGAGAACAAUAUGAACUGACUUGAGUCUGUCCAUCAUGUGGGCUUACAAUACUGAGGGAAGG